AUGGCACAAGUUAUAUCAAACAGCGGCCACGAUGACAUGAUUCACGACGCAGUACUCGACUACUACGGCCGCCGCCUCGCAACCUGCUCCUCAGACCGCACCGUAAAGAUCUUCGAAGUAGAAGGGGAAACGCACCGUCUCACCGAAACCCUCAAAGGACACGAAGGCGCCGUCUGGUCCAUCUCCUGGGCGCACCCGAAAUACGGCAACAUCCUCGCCUCAGCCAGCUACGACGGUAAAGUCUUCAUCUGGCGCGAAACCGGGACGUCAUGGACGAAAAUCUUCGAUUUCGCCCUGCACACCGCAAGCGUGAAUAUCAUCUCGUGGUCGCCGCACGAAUCCGGCUGUCUCCUCGCGUGCGCGAGCAGCGAUGGGAAUGUCAGCGUGUUGGAAUUCAAGGAUAAUAGUAUGGAUCACAAGAUCUUCCAGGCGCAUGGUAUUGGAGUUAACUCUGUGAGCUGGGCUCCUAGUACGGCGCCUGGGAGUUUGGUGAGUUCGGCGGGUGGACAGGGCGGGAUGAGGAGGUUUGUCACGGGGGGGAGUGAUAAUGUGUUGAGGAUUUGGGCGUUUGAUCAGGCGUCGCAGUCGUAUAAGGCGGAGGGGGCGCCGUUGCAGGGACAUACGGAUUGGGUUCGUGAUGUGGCGUGGAGCCCGACGGUGUUGCAGAAGAGUUAUAUUGCGUCUGCGUCGCAAGACAAGACGGUGCGGAUUUGGACGAGCGAUCCGAGUAACCCUGGGGUGUGGAAUAGCAAGAUCUUGCCAUUUGAGGUGGUGCUGUGGAGGGUUAGCUGGAGUUUGAGCGGGAAUGUGCUUGCGGUUUCGGCGGGCGAUAAUCGGGUUAGUUUGUGGAAGGAGAAUUUGAAGGGGGAGUGGGAGUGUGUUAAGAAUAUCGAGGAUUAG